AUGUAUACUGGGACUGGUGCAUAUUUACUUACACUCAUUAAGGUGGUCACAAUGCGUUCAAGUAAACCAAAAUCCAAUGAUGAUAACAAUCGGAUAGUUUAUGUUUUAGAAUGUGAAAAUAACAAAUUCUACGUUGGUAAAACAACAAACGUUAAACGCCGUUUGAUUGCUCAUAAAAAGGGUUCUGGAAGUAGUUGGACACGAUUGCACAAACCAAUAAAAGUUUUUAAAGAAUAUAAAAACUGUGAUGCAUUUGAUGAAGAUAAAUAUACAAAAACAUAUAUGUCUGAAUAUGGUAUUGAUAAUGUUAGAGGUGGUUCGUACAGUCAAAUAAAACUUGAAGAUGAUCAAAUGAAAAUAUUAACAAAAGAAUUACGAAGCAGUAAAGAUCAAUGUUUAAAAUGUGGAAAAAAAGGACAUUUUAUACAGAAAUGUUUUGCUUCAACAUGGGAUUGCAUCAAAUGUACUUACAGUAAUUUAAAUAGUUUGUCAUCUUGUAGUAUGUGUGAUACUAUUAAUCCAAUGGCAAGCUCUAGUAUUAAUAUUCAGUCCAAGUCUUCUAAUAUGUUGUCAAAAAAACGAAAGAUUAAAAGUACCAAUAGUAAUGCAAAGCGAUUUCAAUACAAAAAAGGUAGUUAUAAAUGUACACGUACAUGUGAUACUGAUAAAGAUGAUGACUUAGUAACAAAUAGUGAAACGUACGACGAUGAUGGUUCAACAACAGAUAACGAUACAGAUGAAGAUGGUCAAUCUGAUAGUGACACUAGUGAAAAUACCAAUUCAGCAACGGAUAACGAUGCUAAUGAUGAUGACGAUGAAGAUGAUUCAGAAACAGAUGUUGAUUCAAUAACAACUAGCGAUACUGAUGAAGAUGACGAUUACUAUUAA